UCUAUCCUACUAAUCGAGUAGCUAGGGAGUCACGAACUCUGUCAACUGCUUUCUGGCUCAACCCAAUCCCUGACAUUCCUUUGAAGCAAUGUUGCUGCUUUCAAAUUGAAUACGGUUGCGUUAGCUACCUGUGUCAAAACUGUCCUUCCGCCACAGCACUUUGUCUUUGUCCGCUGUGAUUUUUGCAAAUCGAAUACAUUCGAUUUGAAUGAUGCAUCAAUCGAUUCGAUUCGAUGUUAGAUUGUCGCCACAGAAGCAAUUACGUCAGUUCACCCCAACAAUUUUGGUGGGCGUUUGUCGUCGAAGGCCGAAAGUCGAGAGGUAGUACAGUAUUAGUGGUGGUUUGUAAGAGGGCCAGUCCUGAAGAAAGCUAUUGGACCCUUCAAGAUGGCUCUCUCGUCAAGGGUAUUGAAGGCAGUUGUUGUCGUUUGGCUCUGUGCGGUCGCGGGCUGUUUCGCACCCUCCAGGAUACCAAGACAACCCGCUGCAAAGCUGGUACCGGUUGGUCCAGUAGGAAAGUCUCUUGGAGCCAGAACCCCGGCAUCGGUGCAAUUGGAUUCUUUUCCAGGUCCCAUCCAAGAGAAGAAACGGGAAUUAUUUGGGAAUUGGCGUCCUAGACUUUCGCUCCGACGCUGGAUUCAAAGGUUGCAACAUGUGCGCAUUUCACCCCAGAAUCGACACAGAUUCGCAGCAUUGGUAUUUGCGGGAUGUCUGUGGCUACGAGGUGGAUUUCCACUGCAGGCACAUGCCAAUGCUCCAAACGUAGCGCCUACGCCCGUUGAGCAUAUCCAGAUGAUAUCUGGUGGAUCCGAUGAGGCUGCCACAGAAGAGGCUGUUCCAGAAAGUUCAGUUGGUGUUAAGAGCAAUGGCGCCAAAUCCAGAACCUUGGCGAAAGCAGUUAUCGGUGCAGCUGUUGUAAUUCCAUCGGCUGGCUGGAUAUAUUCCCGUGUCCAAGGGGACGACCAAGAUGAAUCAGCAGUCGACGAUGACUUGGAUGAGGACACAAAAACUAGCGAGGGGACAUCGUCUGAAAGCAAAAACAUGGUAGACAAGUCACGGCCCAAGGUAGAUGCAGACACCUAUCUGAAGAGCCUUCAAAAGGAAAAGAGUCUCAUAUCAUCUGCCCUUAGCAAGCUUAACAGACAAAUCGAGUCGGCUGCUGAGGCGGACGAAAAAGCAGCCAACAGGAUUCCACAAGUUUCACAUCCGAUUGCCGCUGAGAAGUUGCAAUAUGGUGCAGGAAAAACUUCGACGGAUACUGCCACAGAUGCAGAGCUGCCUUUGAUGAGCCGAAAAUACAUCGAGGCACGUCGACAACCAAAGAGUGCCCCGGAAGAGAAGCGGUUGAGUGAAAAGUACGAGAAGUACACAGAUGUGGGAGAGAAAGCAUUCGCCAUUUUGGUGGACCUCGGCAUGAUUGAGACGACAGAGGACAUUGAAGAAAAGGCACCUGCACCUACAACAUUCAUACCUUCAAUGGAAGGGGAGGAGGAGCCAUUCCAAUAAUGCACCAUUUUGGUGGUAGCUAACCUAGAAGGAAUGCAUGGAAGCGAGUUGACCGCAUGAAUGUACAGCAACAGACAAUGCACGUGUAGAAUGUAAAUCGUAAGUAAGUAUUUUUAACAAAUAGUAGUAGCUAAAGGUAGAACAACCAAAGAAUUAACGAACAAUCCAUCAUCAGUCA